AUGGCCGAUAUUACUCCGGUCAAACGUGGUCGAAUGACCACACGUAGCCAGGCUGUGCCGGAGCCGAAUGCAGACAGUAGCGGGGACGACGCACCGGAGGUCAAGCGAAGGUCACCCGAACAGACCGAGACUGCCGUGAUCGAUGUCGACAUGGCAGAUGAAAACGCAGCGCUGAAGCUGCAAAACGAGAUGCUGCGGAAGGAGGUGAGGGACCUGGAGGAGCAGCUCCAGGUCAUAAGAAAGCUGCUCACCGAGCAGGCCGAGAGGCAGCGCGCGCAGUGGGACGUGCUGCACAACCAUAUGAAGCUGCAAGAGCAGCAAUGGAAGAUGGCGGCUAUGCCUGCAAACCAGCGGCCGCAGCAGCGUAUUGAACAAAUACAGCAGGGACCUCAACCUCAGCCACCACGGCACGUGCAAAAGGGGCAACAACAGCAGCUGGUACAGCAGCGAUCUGAGCCGAAGCCCCAACGGCAAGGGCCGCAGCUGGAUACAAAGAGUGUGGAAGAGCUCAUCAAGAGCGUAGUCACCGAAGUCACAGGCAAAAUUAUUGGAGAGCAACAAACGGCCCAGCGGCAACAAAGACAGUUGCCUACACUUGCGCAAAUGGUAGCCGAUAUAAAUGUACCGGCGACCUACGAAUGGACGCGCGUGCCGACGAAAGCCGAGCUGCGGCAGGCACGAACGAAGAAGCAGCAAAAGCAGCAACAACAACAACAGCAGAAGGCCGCAACGACAAUGCGUAAGCGAGUGCGCAACGACGUUGUCCGAGUAGUGCCAGCCAUCGGCAAAACCUGCGAAGAGGUCGCCAUGGCAGUCCGAAAGGACCAAAAAAUUAAUGCGGUCGUGGAAAGCAUUACAAAGAAUGCCAGAGAGCACACGCUGGUGAAGCUCAAACCGUCGGCGGACGCGCAGGCUGUGCAGACUGCGAUCAACGAGAUGGUCGGCGAAGCAGCACUGACAACGUGCGUCAUGUCAGAGAUGACAACGGUGACCAUCCGCGACAUCGACAUGCUGGCCACACCAGAGGAUGUUGUGAACGCCGUGGAGGACCGAAUCCACGUGACGAUCCGACCCCCAAUCCUCAACAGAAUGAGGAAUGGACUGCAAACAACGCGGUUCUCGGUGCCGCGCCGCAGGGCAGCAGAGCUGACGGAAAGCAAGCUCCGGAUCAGCUACACCAGAUGUAGAGUGAAGGAGCUAGGGCCGCUGCCCAUGAACCUCAAGCGCUGCUAUCGUUGCCUGGAGCGUGGUCACCUCAUGCAGGACUGCAAGGGACCAGAUCGUGCGUCCCUGUGCCUCAACUGUGGCCACCCGGAGCACGAAAGUAUAAUGUGCACGGCACCAACAAUGUGUAUCAUCUGCCACGGAGAGCACCGAAUUGGUGCUAAGGAGUGCAGCGGAAGUCCAGCCCCAUCUUCAUAG